UUGCAUUGUGUCAAAGUGGGAUCAAUCGAGGCUUUAUAAGCGGUGCCGUCUUAUCGUUUAGCCUCUCUCUGCCACUGCAAUCUGGCUGGUGACGUUGGCACUCAUCGGUGUAUGAAGACAACUUGUACACAACAUGGCGUUCAUGCGAGUCUUGUGGUGCGUCGUGUUGGUUAGUUUUGCCCCGGUAUGUCAACAAGCAGAGUGCCCCAAGUGUCCACCGAUGUGGACUUUCUACAACGGUUACUGUUACCGUUUGUUCGGCAAUGCCAAGACCUUCUCUGAAGCUGAGAACCACUGCCAGGACUUUACCAAUGUCGGCCAGGGUCACCUGACGUCCAUAGCUAACGCACAGGAGAACAAUCUGCUCUUCACGGUGUGGAAGUCGACCCGUGGGACAGCAGAAGGUGGCCUAUGGAUCGGCUUCACUGACGAGGUAGAGGAAGGGAACUUCAUCUGGACAGAUAAGUCGGUCGUCAACUUCACCGAAUGGAGCGAUGGCCAACCCGACAACUACGGUGGCGGUGAGAAAUGUACUCACAUGUGGUAUGGUAAAUAUGGCGAAUGGAAUGACAUCGGAUGCGACAACCUGUUCUCUUACAUGUGCAAGAUGACCGCUUUUCUGUAAAUCAACCCCACAGUGGACGACCACGGAGAUGCGUGAGAACAUUUGCCACGUCAAACCUGAAGCUCUCACUGUCGAUACCUAAGUCGAUCUCAUCGGCCAUGAUCAUCAAACAGUCUUACCAAACGGACACCAGCAACCAGUAUCACUUCCAAAAUUAACGGUUGAAUUUCAUUUUGUUGACGGCUGGCCGGCUACACGGUGGAGGAACGGUGAAAACAUCCCACUCUGCAUCAACGUGGCAUCAACGUUUACGGACCUCCAUGCCUUCGAGUUUUACAUUGAGUAGUUAACUUUUGCUUGUUUUAUAAACUGUCCAGCUUUAACAUGAGAGAAACAUGGACCAAGAUCAAUACGCCGCACUCAUUCACGCCAAUGGCAUCAUUGUGAAAAACUAAGGAACCAACGAACUGCAUCACUUGGGAGUUUGCACAGAGCUGCAACUCACAAAGGAACUUUAAAUUCAAAAUCGGACUCCUCAUUGUUAAGGCUCCAACACCAAUUGCAAUUGAGUUAGAUGGACCUCUUAAUUUAAUUAAUUUAAUCUUUGAAUAGCAUAAUUAUGUUACUUGUAGUUUAGAAUAAUUUGUAUCGUUUAAAAUUGAAUGUUUUGUUAAUUAUAAUGUAUUGGCAAAGGAAGUUUUACUGGUCAUGUUUAUGAUCUAUAAGUACAUAAAAACCAGACGUUCUGACAUUUUGAUAGACUUAUAAAGAUAUUGCUUCAGUGAUUACAAAAAAGCAAAGUUCCAGAUUGAAUUGACAUAAUGUAGAAAAGUGGCACUGGAUAAACGAAGUUUAUUCUUGGAUAUUUUUGAAACGAAUAAAUCUUUAACUACUUAAUAGAUAGCGAUUGUAACUGAACAACCACACAGCUGUUCGAUAGCCUACAAUAGAAAUUUCAAAUGGUGUCUUGAAUUUUAGAAAAAACUGUCUUUUUAACAUCACAAGCGCUUAAAUUUCAAAUUAUAAUCAUCAAUUGGGAUCAGCAAAUUAAACACCAGAACAAGUUUUCGUUGCUUAAACUUACCCACCGACAAAUUACUAUUGAGUUGAUUGCAAACAAAUAUAAUCGUUUAUGUUUGAAACUUGUUUUAAUUUGUUAUAUGUUUCAUUUAUUGAUUAUUUUUUUUGGUCGCUGCUUUCGUGGGGAGGGGGUUACAGGACCAGAGCAGGGGACUGAGAGUGGCCAAAAUGAACCUUUCCCCUGUAUCAAGUCCAAAAUACCCCAAUUUAACACUUUCUUUCUUAUCUUAAGAGACAUCAAAACCAACCAAAUAAAUUUAGCACAAGCAUGGAGAAACAAAAGAUAAAAUCGUAAAUAGAUAGCAUGUGUGGCAAUCCCGGAAAUCCCCCCCCCUAAAAAAAAAUGAGCUCGACUUACUGUUCGUUUUCACGAAGUAACACUCGUGUACACCCACGCGGUAAUGUUCGUCUACACGAAG